AUGGAUCCUACUUGUGGUUUGGUUGAGAAGGUUCGAGACUUCGUGCUCGACCUAAUUUGGGAGCAGCUUCUUUAUCUCAUUCACUAUCACAGAAACAUUGAGGAGCUCAAUGAACGACUUGUGGAUCUCACACUUAAAAGGAACUCCAUAGAGCAUCAAGUAGAUGUGGCUAAAAACAAUGUAGAACAAAUUGAAGAGGAAGUUCUUCGUUGGUUGCACAAAGUACAUGAGAUAUCAGAGCAAGCACAACAGUUAACCAAAGAGAGUCAAGCAAAAACAGAGUGUAGUAUAACUUCAUGUCCCAACCCACGGCUACGCUCUAAGCUGAGCAAAAGAGCAGAGGCAGUGACCCAACAAGUUGUUGAAAUUUGUAGAAACGGAAACUUUAACAGAGUUUCAUAUCGUGUUCCUCCCCAGUCUAUGCUAGAGUUAACCAACACAGAAAGCAAUGAAGGGAUUGGUUCAAGAGUGCUGAUUAUGAAUCAAAUUAUGGAGGCAUUGCGGAAUCCAAGUGUUAAUAUGAUCGGAUUGUGCGGGCCUGGUGGCGUUUGCAAGACCACUAUAGCUAAAGAGGUAGCAAAGGAGGUAAAGAAUCAAAACAUAUUUGAAAAGGUAAUAAUGGCAACUGUUUCUGAAGAACUGAACGUUGAGAAGAUUCAAGACCAGAUUGCUGAGAAGCUGGGUAUGCAACUUAAUGAAAAAACUGAAGACGUCAGAACUUCUAAGCUAUCUGAGAGGCUGAACCAAGAGAACAAUAUGCUCCUAAUAUUGGAUAAUCUUUGGCAGGAACUUGAUUUGGGCAAAGUAGGAAUUCCCUUUGUUGAUGUUGACAAUUAUAGCAAAAAGAAUGAAGGUCGCAAAAUUUUACUAACUUCAAGGAACAAAACGCUGUUGUCAGAUCUCAUGAAAUGUCAAAAAAUUAUCGAUGUAGGUGUUUUGUUAGAGGAUGAAGCAUGGGAGUUAUUCAAGAGGAUUGCUGAACUUUCUCUUGACUCAAGCAGUCCUGAGAUGAUAUCUAUAGCCACUGAUAUUGUUCGAAAGUGUGGUGGCCUGCCGCUUGCGAUUGCUACAGCUGCCAAAGCGUUGAGGAAAAAAGGUCUUAAUGAGUGGGAAAAUGCUCGUGCUCGAUUGAAUAAUCCUUUAGGGAGAAACAUCACAGGGAUUAAAGAGGUGGAUCCCAUUGUGAGGUUGAGCUACGAUCGUCUAAGCUCAGAGAAUAAAAAUAUUUUCUUGCUGACUGCCAUGUUAUCCCAUGAUCCCUCAAUUGAAGACCUAUUCAUGCACUCUGUGGGGUUAGGCAUUUUUCAAGGCAUAGAGAACAUGGAACAAGCCUAUGUUGAAACCUCUGUUGCUGUAAGUAAGCUAAAAUCAUUAAACUUAUUUCUUGAUAGCAUUUCUAGUCAUCAUGUUACAAUCCAUGACGUCUUUCAAGAUAUUGCAUUAUCGAUUGCAUCCGAUCAAUUACAUGCAUUGAUUUUGAGGCAUAAAAGCUUGAAAGAAUGGCCAGAUGAAGAUGAGCUAGAAGGCUGCAAGGGAAUUUGCUUGGAAGAAAGUGACAUCAGUGUUGACCGUACAGAAGAGUUGCAUGCUCCAACAUUAGAAUUCUUUCUACUGCACAACACAAAACAACAUGACUUGACCAUACCCAGCAUGUUUUUCAAAUCUUCAAAGAAGCUAAAACUGUUGGCAUUUACUGAUGUGCGUUUUUCAUCACUACCAUCACUCAGUUUCCUACUAAAACUAAACACAUUGUGUCUGCACUCUUGUUUGCUAGAAGAUAUAACUGAAGUCACAAGGUUGAAGAAUUUAAAAGUGUUAAGUCUUGCUUACUCUGAAAUUGAAUGGCUACCAAUUCAAUUAGCAGAGUUGACUUCUUUACAAAUGUUGAAUUUGUCCCAUUGCUCCAAGCUCAAAGUGAUUCCCCCAAAACUUCUAUCUAGCUUGAAAAAAUUGGAAGUGUUGUACAUGGGAAACAGCUUUAACCAGUGGAAAAUUGAAGGAUCUAGUGAAGCUAAUGAAAACGCAAGUCUUCAAGAGUUAAAGGAUUUGCCAAUCUCUUCUCUCGAUAUUCAUAUUCCUAAUGUCUCUAUGUUGCCGGAGGCUUUGUUCUUAGACUUGAAUUUGAAGAGAUAUAGAAUAUUCAUUGGAGAGCAUUGGAAACGGCAAGACAAUUGGAAAUGGCAAGACAAUUAUGAAACUUCGAAGAUAUUGAAACUUGAGCUAGAGGGUAGUAUCCAUUUGAAGCGUGGGGUUCAGAAGUUGAUGAAAGGAGCUGAAGAUUUGUAUUUAUAUGGAUCUAAUGGGCUUGAAAAUGUUCUUCCCUGUCAUGAUGGAAGAGCAUUUCCACAUUUAAGGCAUCUUCAGAUUGAAAGUGAUGAUACUAUUAGAUACAUUGUUUUGAACUCAGCGCAACAUGAAGCUGCAACAAAUAACAUAUCCAACAAAAUGUCUGAGUUACUUUUCAACAAGGUGUUACUUCCAAAAUUGGAGAGGUUGGAAUUGUCCAAUUCAAUCAAUUUGAUUCCAAUGGUGUGGGACGACCAACUUUCACACACCUCAUUUAGCAAUUUGAAAAUAUUGAUUGUGAAAAACUGUGGCUUUGUGAAAUUGGUGUCCCUUCGUGUGCUGAAAUCUUUAAACAACUUGGAGGAACUAGAAGUUAGGGAGUGUAACAUGUUGGAGUUGGUGUUUGAUUUUGAAGAUUUGAAUGAUUAUAAAGGGGAGGCGGAGUUGUCAUCAAUGAUUGUGCCGCUGAAAAAGUUAACGUUAUGUGGAUUGCAAAAAUUGAAGAAUGUAUGGAGCAAUCAUUAUGAAGGAGAUGUCUCCUUCCCAAGUCUAAGGAGCGUGCGUGUGUCCGCUUGUAAAAGCCUCACAAGUUUGUUUCCUGCAUCUAUAGCCAAGGGCAUGCUUCGUGAUCUUGAAUAUCUUCAGAUAGAAGAUUGUGGUAUAGAGGCAAUUGUUGCAAAAGAUCAAGUUUCAGAAUCUGUUGCUACUGUGUUAGAGUUUUCUAGGCUGACUUCCCUUGAGCUUUCUUGGCUUCAAAAUUUGAAGAGCUUCUAUCCACAGAGACACACAUUAGAAUGGCCACAACUUCAACAGUUAGAUGUUACAUAUUGUGAUGAAUUAGAGAUAUUUGAAAAGGAAGUCUCAAGUUCACUAGAAAUACAUGAGGAAGAGAGCACAUUAGCCUCAAAAUAUCCUCUACUGUCCCAUGACAAGGUCACUCAUAAUUUGGAGGAGUUGACAUUACGGGGUAAAGGAGUUGAGAUGAUAGGGAGUGGCCAGCUUUCAACGUACCGCUUCCCCAAAGUAAAGCUGCUUAGUCUAGAUGUUGGUUAUGAUGAAGCAACGACUAUUUCAUACAAAUUGUUGUUGAAAAGCUUUCCAAAUUUAGAGGAGCUGACACUGCGGGGUCAAAUUAAAAAGGCUUCUGGGGGGGAUGAUGUUCCUCUUCCAAUAAAAUUGACUCGACAGUAUUUACAGUAUCACAAGCUUGGUGCCACUCUUAGUUUCUUCACCAAAUCUCACACAUCUGCACGUGGAAUGGAAGGAGAGGAUGAUGACGAUGAGGAAGUCGUUUUCAGCAAGUUGCAGCAUUUGAAAGUUGAACGGUUACCAGAAUUGAAGAGAUUUUGCCGCUACAAUUACACUUUCAGAUUUCCGUUAUUGGAUCAGCUGAUCAUAACGGAAUGUCCAAGAUUCAAAGUAUUCUCUCCAGGACUCAUUGAUACACCAUCUCUUAAAAGCAUUCAAGUGUCACAAAAAAUGGGGGAGAAACAUCAUGAAAUAUGGGACACCAGUCUUAACAAAACAUUCGACCAACAGAUAUUUGUGGCAUUAAGAGAGAUGGUGUUAGAUGAGGAUGAUGUUAGCAUGAUAAGGAAUGACCAAUUUCCAGCGGAUUGUUUUGCUCAAAUGGAAAUUCUGGGCAUAGUAGGAUUUAAUGAUGAAGGGGCAGCAUUUCCGCAUACAUUGCUUGAAAGAUUUCCGCGGCUGACUGAACUUCGUGUGAAGGAUAGUUCUUUCGAGGAGAUAUUCCCAUCACCUGUUGUUCAUCAAAUUCAACAACUUCAUAAUUUGACAGUGUUGAAGGUGUUCCAAUGUCAUCAACUCAUCUAUUUAAUGACAAAUUCAGCCGCCAAAAGUUUGGUGAAUCUUGAAACGUUGGAAAUAGAUGAUUGCAAAAAGAUGGAGAAAAUUGUAAAGAAUGAGAAUAAUGACGAUGUGGAAGGUGGAAUCACGUUCAGUGCGUUAAGAAGAUUAAAACGCAGUAGUCUACCAAGACUGAAAGCGGAAGAGCAUAAAACGGAUUUCAACAUUGAAGACCCAGCAACAAAUAAUCAUAAGGUGUCAUUCCCAGAGUUAGAGAUAUUAGAGUUAUCCUAUUUAAACAGUUUGAUUCCACGGAUAUGGGAUGACAAACUUCCACACCACUCAUUGAGCAACUUGAAAACAUUGACUGUGAGCUGUUGUGGCUUUGUGAAAUUGGUGCCACUUCAUGUGCUGAAAUCUUUAAACAACUUACAAGAACUGGAAGUCAGGGGCUGCAACAUGUUAGAGACGGUGUUUGAUUUUGAAGAUUUAAAUGAUUAUAAAGAGAUGGUGUCAUCAUCAGUGAUCGUGCCAUUGAAAAAGUUAAGGCUAUGGUAUUUGCCAAAAUUGAAGAAUGUAUUGGGCAAUAAUGACCGCCAAGGAGAAAUAAACUUAGUUUCUUCACUAGAUGGUUCAUGCCAUCAAAUAGAAGAACUUAUAACGAAACAGAAAAAAGAGGACAAUGAGGACAAGAAAAUCAUUUUCAGCAAACUGGAGUUUUUGGAACUUGAUGAAUUACCAAGGUUGAAGAGAUUUUGCAGCCAAAAUUAUACUUUCCAGUUUCCAUUAUUACAACAUGCAAUCGUAUCAGAGUGCCCUCAACUCACAAUAUUCUGUUCUGGAGCCAUUCAUGCUCGCUACUUCAAAAGGUUCAAGCGACGACUCCAUAUGGACCUCACAUAG